GCGGAAGCGCAGGCGGCCGGGGCUGCGUCCCCGCCGGACCCCGGGGGGCGGAGCGAGAGCCGGGCACGGCGGCAUCCUCCGGCGCGGCCAUCGCCGGGCUGCUCCAUGGAGAAGCGGGGCCCGGUGCUGCACAUCGUGGUGGUGGGCUUCCACCACAAGAAGGGUUGCCAGGUUGAAUUUUCCUAUCCUCCCCUCAAACCUGGAGAAGGACAUGACAGCCACAGUUUACCAGAGGAAUGGAAGUACUUGCCAUUUCUUGCCUUACCAGAUGGCGCUCACAACUAUCAGGAAGAUACCGUGUUUUUCCACCUGCCUCCCAGAUGCGGGGAUCGAACCACGGUGUAUGGUGUCUCUUGCUAUCGGCAGAUUGAAGCAAAGGCAUUAAAAGUACGACAAGCAGACAUCACCCGAGAAACUGUACAGAAAAGUGUCUGUGUUCUCAGUCAGCUGCCAUUAUAUGGGUUACUUCAGGCAAAGCUGCAACUCAUCACACAUGCAUAUUUCGAAGAAAAAGACUUCUCACAAAUUUCAAUUCUAAAGGAACUUUAUGAUCAUAUGAAUAGUUCCUUGGGCAAUACUUCAUUAGAAGGGUCACAAGUUUACCUUGGUUUGUCUCCUCGGGAUCUUGUUCUUCAUUUUAGACACAAGGUCUUGAUCCUUUUUAAAUUGAUUCUUCUAGAGAAAAAGGUGCUGUUUUAUAUUUCUCCUGUAAAUAGAUUGGUGGGAGCUCUGAUGACUGUCUUGUCACUCUUUCCUGGUAUGAUUGAACAUGGUCUUAGUGACUGCUCACAGUACAGACCAAGAAAGAGCAUAUCCGAGGAUGCUGGCUUGCAGGAAAAUACGCCACGGUUAGAUGACUAUGUUUCUGUGUCUGCUGCUGAUGCUUCAAAUGCAAACUUAGGAAUGGGAAAGGGAGACAGGAAGAUGGAAGGAGAUAAUUCUCUGGAAGGUCAAAAAGCAAAUGUGCCUUUCUCCCAGGCUGAGAAGACUUGCAAUGGAGCUCAGUCCUCCAAUGGUACCAUGCAGCGCUUGAAAGUUCCUUCCCGUGCUUCUCCAGCAUCUUCAGAAAGUGACUGGGAGACCUUGGAUCCCAGCAUUUUGGAGGAGUCUAAUUUGAAAGAAGGAGAACAUGAGAAUCCAGCAUCAGAACAGGCAGGAAAUCUUCGCAGCAAAGGCUUGAGCUCUGAAGGCCUUCCCAUCACUGUGCAGCCCCAGGCAAACACGGGGCACACGGUGCUUGUUCAAGGACUGGUGUCUGGGUUGGAAGAGGACCAGUAUGGGAUGCCACUGGCUAUUUUUACAAAGGGGUACCUUUGUUUGCCGUACAUGGCGCUGCAGCAGCAUCAUCUCCUGUCGGAUGUGACGGUCCGCGGCUUUGUUGCAGGGGCUACCAAUAUCCUGUUCCGUCAACAGAAACACCUGAGUGAUGCAAUUGUGGAAAUAGAAGAUGCUCAUGUGCAAAUCCACGAUCCAGAACUCCGUAAGAUCCUGAACCCAACAACUGCUGACCUAAGAUUUUCAGAUUACUUGGUGAAGCAUGUAACUGAGAACAGAGAUGAUGUGUUCCUUGAUGGCACUGGAUGGGAAGGAGGAGAUGAGUGGAUCAGGGCUCAGUUCAGUGCUUAUCUUCAUGCAUUGCUUGCUGCCGUGCUGCAACCAGAUAAUGAAAAGAUUUUGUCAGACUUUGGAACAGGAUUUGUAACAGCCUGGAAAAAUACCCACAACUACAGAGUAUGGAAUAGCAACAAGCAUCCAGCUCUUGCGGAGGUAAAUUCUAGCCAUCCAUUCCAGGGACAGUACUCUGUAUCAGAUGUUAAGUUAAGGUUAUCACAUUCAGUGCAAAACAGUGAACGUGGAAAGAAGAUUGGAAAUGUGAUGGUUUCUACCAGCCGGAAUGUGGUACAAACAGGAAAAGCUGUAGGUCAGUCUGUUGGAGGAGCCUUCACAAGUGCAAAAUCAGCAAUGUCAUCAUGGUUUUCCACUUUCACACACUCAACCCAAAGUCUUGGGGACUAAAUGCUGGUUUGGCAGAAUGCUGCUGACUAUUUCAGGUGCAAUCUUUCUUUGAGCUGUAAAAAGGCCACUCCAAAAUGUAGGAGUGGAGAUGACCAAAAUAAGGUAUAUGUUGCUUGUAAGCAGAUGUGGAAUGUUAUUAUUCACUUUCCCUAGAGUACAGAAGAAUGGUGAGUGUCACCAUACAAUGGGAUGGCAUUUGCAAUGUAUUGGUUAUUUAAAGUAACUACUUCUCUUUAAAACUGAGCCUUUAUAAAGACAUUAGCAAAUGGGGCUUGUUGCAAGCCAAAUGUGUUUGACUUUAGAUUUGUACAUUUUCUUGGAUGUUGAAGAUAUUUAUGUAAAGUAGUUCUAUUUUUCAAUCCAGAUAGCCAAAUAUUUGUGAAUUCUUGUUAGAAAUAAGCAGACUGUAAAUAAUAAUUCCUCUUUUAGGUUGGAUUUGGGAGACUCUCUGCAACCCUUAAAGGGUGGAACUUUCAUGCUUUUACCUGCAAAUUAAAAUCAACAAGGUGCAGAGUAAGACUGUGGCUGACAAGAGGUUUUUUUCCUCUGUCCCCUGUAUCCAUGUAGAGUUGUUUGGAUGGAUGAAUCUCUCUGGCUCUCUUUGUGUCUCCAAAUCUGUGUAACAGUUGCAAAAUCAGUAGGCCUUCAUACCUUUGUGUAUGUUUUGGCUGAGCUUUUCCCCUGGAACAUGAAUGGGAUUCUAGUUGGAGAUACCUCUUUAGAGAAAGAAUUACCAAGCAUUUCUCCCAAACUGGGAUUGGAUCAUAGAUAGUUUUGUAAGUUAGGAUGUAACUACAACACAAUUUAGUUGCAUACAUAUGAAUAUGAAGUACUAAACCCGCUCAAAGCUAGCACAGUAGCAAACUCUGUGUGGGUUGCCCCCCCCCCCCCAGUAAAGUUACAAGGACUCUUCCAAAUGAAAAUCAGCUAUGUGGAUUUUCUGUGUUGACUCAGGGAAUGUACUAUUUGGAUAAUUGCUUUUUUCAUAAGGAAAGUAACACUAGAAUUGAGAGUAAUUAGAACAGCUCAGUUAGCAUCCUUGUGUGAAGAAAUAUAAUAGUUUAUUUGAAAAGAUGUGGCAUAAUGCUGUAUUUCCUAUGUAAUAUGCAUGUGGUGGUUUCUGUAUGCAAGCGUAUUGCGCUUCCUACAUUUCUUGCUUCCAAGGGAGAUUAUGUCCUUUUUUCUUGCAAUGUGCGUGCCUCUAGAUGCCUUCUGAUAUCCCCACCAUGUUGUUCUUAACAUUUUCUGCAUUACAUUAUCCUGUGUUCCAACUUUCUGUACCAAAAGGCUCUUAGUUUAUUGCCUCAUCAGUAUCUGUCAGCAUUUUGCCAUGUUCUUUUCUGGGGCCAAGAUCUGUAGUAAUGGUUGUAUUUCCUAUUCCUCAAAUAAAAUGCAGCAGCUGCACAAAAGAUAAACCAGAAGGCUCGAAUGUUUUUAGGAAAUUAUGUUUUAAUUCCUUUUAUGAAUUUGUAAAGUUAAUAGAAAAGCCACACUUGCAUCACAUUUGUCACUGUCCAGCAACUUGGUUGUCAGUUUUUUUUGCUUCAGUAAUUUGAAAAGAUGGGAUCUGAUUUAAAGCCUUCUUUCAUUUUUUUUUCUAGGACAGACUAAUAGAAUGACUGUGAAAACAUAAAGGCAAACAGACAGUUUGAGUAGUUUGAUUUGAGAAGGGCAAAAAACGCCCCUAAAGCUCCACUAAUUUAUUGCUUCUGACACACAAGUAAGAUGUAUCUAUCAAAAUGUAGAUUGCUCCUAGUCUCUGUGUGUCUUUGUAUCUUUCCUCAAACUUCUAUUUUAUUCCACAACUCUGUAAUAGACAUUUCUAUCUUUUUAAAGACUAGAUAUUACUUUAUAUGCAGUGAAUUAAGACAAGAGUUGUUUAUUCAUGGUGUGUCUAGAGCUUUCUAAAUCAGCAUGCAGAUAAGAAAAUAAACACUUGCUUUUUUGAAAUGACUAACAUAUUAUCUGCCCUCUGGGAUUUAAGUGGUCACAGUCCAUGUUCUAAUGAAGACUGAAGAAAGGUGCAUAAAGGAUUUAAUCACCUAUAAAAUUGACUCCAGCAACUUAAGGCAUACCUAGGUAGAUUUAGGCUGAGGAGCUCACAAUGGUGAGUUCUAGAAGCCAGGCAAGUGGUUGGUAUUUUCAUGUACAAGCUGUAGAAGCAGGACCUUCAAGGAUCCCUUUUCAGUAUCCUUGUCUUUGUAACCUCCUCACCUGAGUUUUCUGAGUUUUCAAAUGCCCCAAAUUUAUAUGGCAAAUUUAUUAGCUCUCUGCAUUCCCCUUAUUCCCACAGGUUCCCUUGCUGGUCUAGGGGUAUAAAAAAAAAAAAAAAAAAAAAAAUUUUUUUUUGUUUGUUUUCUGGUGGAUUAAUCUGAAGAAAGACAGAAUGAGGUGCCCUCAUUGGCUGCUUGUUGUUUUGUAUAGUGAUUCUGUUGUGAUACUUCACAAUUUUUCUCUUAUGGGCAAGAAGACCAGACAGAUCUUUCUCUGCAGCCUUUUUCUCACUGUCCCAGCUGUCUCUGUUGUGGAACCAAACAUACAACCUGAUUAAGAGUAUUUUCCUUUUGUCACAAAUGACAGAAUAAAAAACUUACGUUACUUUUCAGUCUUUUUAAGAACUGGCACCCUGCUAGCAAGUUGGACUCGGAUUUAAACUCGUAUUUAAAGAGUGAUUAUGACUCAAUGAGUGGGUGGAGAUUAAGUGAUCUUCAUAAUUAGUUGUCUUCAUUAACAUCUACAUAUGCUCUCCAACAUUUGCUUAAGCUUACUUUUGGGCUGUAGGUAGGCAUGCAGCCACUGGGGUUCUAAGCCCAUAUAGUUCUCUUAACUUAAUGCCUGUAACCUCUUUAAUUAAAUCCAAUGCAAAUGCAAGUUAUUUUCCUCUCUCUGCUUUAAUAUUUCCAGUGCAGGCAUUGUUAAUUAUUCAGGAAGGUUUAGGCAGUCGACUUCCAUUUCAAGAGCCCUGACAUCUAUUUCUGCACUGUAAGAAACAAUGGGUCCUAAGUGAAUUAGUGAUAGUGCCUCUAGUCAGUCAGCUGUGAAGAUAUUGUUACAGCUCUGUCCUGAUUUGAUGUUGCAAAGGUAUUUCUGGCUGUCAGCAUGCAGCACGCACUGACUUACAGGUAACACAAUAGCACACCUCUCAACUUUCUCUCAUCACAGGCGUCAACCUCAGCUUUUUUGUAUGUGCCAGCAUUUGAGGAACUGCCUGUUGAGCAUAGAAAUGAGAUGUAAGUCCCCAAACCCCACAAGACUUAAGUGUUGCUGACCUUAUAUUUCAUCUGACUGAAGUGUUCAGCAUCUUUCAUCAGUCAUUUUCAUGUCAUAACCUUAAUUCCUGUACACAUCUCACACCAGUUUCCUCAAUGUCACAAUUUAAUUAGCAUUUUUAGGUCAGUGUUCUGGUACAUUGCACUUGUUUGACUUUGUACUUCUGUUUUAAGAACCUUUGUAAUUAAAUAUAAUAUUUUGCCUAAACAAGCUUCUGAUUUCCAUACAAAUUAUUACUAAGCAGAGAAACUAAUAUGGCUGUAUUUAAUUGUAAAAGUGAAGGUGUGAAUGCAGUUUUUAAACAUAGGAACUACUGCUUGAUAAUUGAACAUACAAGUAAUGUAUUUGAUUUUUCCUGUGCUGCUUGAAAAAUAAAAUACAUCCAGACUGUUUAAAGUUCCAUCUGCUCAGUAAGCUCUAUUAUUUUAAUAAAUUAAUUCCACCAGAAGACACUUGCAGACAUCUGGUUUUGAUACUGGUAGCUGCUUGUAAUUCACUGGCAGUAUUUCUGAAAUUUGUCUUCCAUUCAAACUGAUUAUGGAUGCUGUUUUUUGCAAAUUUAGGACAAAAUGAUGCUCUAGAGUGACUUUUUAUUCCCUGUGGGGUGCUGCUUCUUGUGGAUUGAUUGAAGUCCUCAGGAGGUCACAGACCUCUCUUACCAUCAGUAAGAAUUUCAAGUACAACUAAAAUUUUGGUAUAGUUUUAUCUUCAAAGUAACUUGUAGUUUCUGUGGAUUGUGACAUCUGGUCAAAAUCAAGAUGCUGUGUAAAUUAAUUGCUACACAUCCAGUUCUCUGCCAUAAGGAGCUGUUUUGAAAUUUCAGAACUUCUGCUGCAGCUGUCACUGUACCUGUCCAAGAAUGAUUUGGUAAAUUUGUUAAGGUUUUUCCUACAGUAUGCAAGUAGUUGUGCAAAUACAUUGAAAGAUAAAUUUACAUCAUGCUUUUUAUGCAGUGCAGUUUCACUUUCUUGCAGGUAUUUGGUUUUCAUUAAAAAGGGCAACAUAGAGAUUAUUCAUUAAAGGGAGAAACACUACAUUAUUGUAUUAUAAUUAAAGAUGUAUGAAAAAUUG